AUGGAGCCGAGGCUAAUUGUAAAUGAUCUAAGGAUUCAUUGUUUCUCAGCAGUCUAUUUUCAGCAGUGUUCUGACAAGUUGCUACUUCCGCUACUACCUCCAAGUGAUUCUGACAAAAAGUGCCUUAUCAUUGAUCUUGAUGAAACACUAGUGCAUUCUUCGUUUAAGCCGGUGGAAAAUCCUGAUUUUGUUAUUCCUGUGGAUAUUGAUAACGUAACCCAUCAAGUGUAUGUCUUGAAAAGGCCAUAUGUUGAUGAGUUUCUAGAAAAGAUUGGCGAUAAAUUUGAAUGUGUUUUGUUCACGGCAAGUCUUGCAAAGUACGCCGAUCCUGUUGCUGAUCUCCUUGACAAACGAGGCGUUUUCCGGACUCGUCUUUUUAGGGAAUCGUGCGUUUUUCACAAAGGGAAUUACGUCAAGGAUUUAACAAGGCUCGGAAGAGAUUUAAGGAAAAUAAUUAUUGUCGAUAAUUCACCGGCUAGUUACGCUUUUCAUCCAGACAAUGCUAUCGCUGUACCCUCAUGGUUUGACGACAUGAAUGAUGAGGAGUUGCUUGCAAUAAUUCCUUUGUUGGAGCGAUUGGCUGAAGCAGAUAGUAUAUACUCUGUGCUUCGUAAUUGUAAUGAAGAUCUUAGAAGCCGUAGUUUGCUGGAGUCACCAGGCGAUGUAGUUCGUUCUUAG